AUGGACACAUGUCGAAACCCACUCCAGGUGCUCACAUCAAAGUACGAGAUCUGCGUUAUUGGCGCCGAAAACACAGGCAAGUCGACCCUCAUAUACACCUACGUGCACUCGACGCCUCCACCACCACCGCAGUCAUCACAUCACCGCCAAAUCGAGAAUGAAAACUUGUACCAGAAACACAUCUACAACCCACAAACGCACGCCGUACACAGCUUCUCCAUCUUUGACUCGAAUUUCGGCCGCGACGAGAUGUUCACCGCGCGCGAGCGCUUGCCCGUGAUGAAUGCCCACUGCAUCAUGCUCGUUUAUGCCAUUGACGAUUACGACUCGUUUGCAGUGAUGGAGGACUUGCACGCGGGCGUGAUGUCGGUGCGGCGUGACCAAGCUGGGGAGGAGCCGGCGUGUGUUGUUGUUGCCACGAAGCUGGAUUUGGAUGCGAGUGCGCGCUGCGUGAGUGAGUGCGAGGGGAGGGAGCUUGCCGCUAGGUUGGGCGCGAUGCUGUUUCAUGAGUGCUCGGCGCGCGAUGGCGGCGCGGCGCUGGUGCUGGGGGCGUUCGAGGAGUUGGUGGAGUUUCUAGCUCGCAGGAGCCAAAAGGAACGCGAGAGCGAAGCUGAGCGUUCCCGCGCGGUGCCAACCAGCGCCAGUGGUAACGGUAAUGGUAAUGGUAGCUCGUUUUCCGAUGAAGAAGAAGAAGAAGAAGAAGGGGCUAAUGGUGCUUUGGUUGGAGAAUCAUCCAUGAUGAACCCAAUCGUACGAAAGACGAGCCACGAAAGUGUCAAGUUGCACAGCUCGUCCUCGCUGGCGACCCUACCAGUCCAAGUCAAUAAAAAUAACAAGGUGGAUAAACAUAGUCGACAGCUGUCUCAAGCUACCACUACUGCGACUGCUACUUCCACCACAAGUCAAGCGAAACGACAACCACCCCAUAAACCAUUCCAUAAACCACCCCAAAGACAAAACCUAGGUAAACUCGACAACAACCACAACGCUCGAGAAAUUCACAAGUGCUGUAUUAUAAUGUAA